GUGAAAUGUAUACCCUUUGAGCCCCUUUAACUACAUACACCACUGACUAAAUAGAUAAAUAUGUAUAUAUAUACUUGUAUAUGUAAUUUCUUGUGCAUUACUGUAGCAUACGUCAAUUAACUAUUUCGAGCAAAAAAAAUUGUUUUUCCAAAAAAAUAUCUCAAGCAGCGAUUUCCCGAUCUGGUCAUUUCAUUCAGCAAACAAGCUAACGGAUAUUCAUACAUACGUAUAUGCAGGUAUAUAUGCAGCUUUAAAGCAUCGAUCACCUUUUCAGGCGUUCCCACGCAAGUUUACAGCAGCACGCACUGAAAUAUAUACAUACAUAUAUAUUGAUGUACUUACAAACAAGCCUUUGGUCUGCUGGAACUUUGGCAAAUGCAUUGAACUACACGCUUUACUUUUGGACUUAAAAAGCGCCCGGCUUUCGGCCACUACUCAGAUACACAUCAGAUACGGUUUAACGCAGAACGGCCGGUGAAUAAGCGCGAAAAUAAUUUAAGAUUUAUCUAUUAAAAAUAUAUUUUUUGUAGAAAAAAAUUAAAAAAAAAAACUUGUAUCAAAUAUAAGAAAUUUUUAAUAUAUUCUGGUCACUUUUGAAUUUGAAAGGAGUUUAAUGCUAGUGCGCAAUAUGAGUGUUAAGUGUAGUGUUGUUUGGAUUUUGAUGGCACUUCUUUGCUUGACGAAUGCCUUCCCAGAUGGUGCACCCGCUGACACUUGCGUCAAACAACGAGCGAAUCAACCGAAUCACGGCAAAGCGCGCACACAACCAGGACAAACGAUUCCGUACGAAGUUGUUGCCGAUUCGGAAACUUUUCACCCGGGACAACCAAUUUCAGUUUCGAUUUACCCCAUCGAUCAAAAGUCCACCUUUCGUGGAUUCUUUCUACAAGCGCGCGAUGCCAAUUCCAACGAAUGGAUUGGUGAAUGGAUACAAAGUGAAAAUACCAAAACCAUACCAGAAUGUUCAGCCAUAACGCAUUCGGACAAUCGCGACAAGUUGGGUGCGAAACUGUUUUGGAAGGCGCCACAAAACAAACGGGGCCGUGUUUACUUUACUGGCACAGUAUUGAAGGAGUAUGCAACAUUUUGGAGCGACAUCGUAGCAAAAGUACAAGCUACACAAUGAGAGUAUCAUGGAGUGAAAGCUUUAAGGCUUCCUCGUACUUUUGUGGCGUCGGGAAAUAAAACUUCAGAGAUAGUGAAAUUAAUAAAAAUUCACUUUUUAACUAAAUUGUUUAUAUACCUUGAUAAAUAAAUUCGAUUGAAAAUGACAGAAAA